AUGCUCGUCACAACAUUUGUGCUUGCCCUCCUGGCGAUUGCUCAAGCUGGUGCCUAUCGGGAAAACAUCCAUCCCGAGUUUCAUUCCGGUCUCUCAAUCAAUUCGGUCCCGGCUGCGGAUCGCGACCACUGGAUGCGCGUAGCCAGCGAAAGUAUUUGGUACCCUCCAGUCUCGCACCCCUGCCCUCAGGCACCCUUUGGCACCGCCAUUGUCAACACGACGUCGAACGAACUCAUCUGUGCCAUCGCCAAUCGCGUCGGAUCGACGGGCGACCCCACCCAGCACGGCGAAAUUACAGCCAUUCAGCACUGCACCAACGUCUUGCAAAAGAAGGGUCUGACUCCACAGCAAAUCCUGGCCGCAUGGAAGGACUUUAGCUUGUAUACAAAUGCAGAGCCAUGCACCAUGUGUUUGAGCGCCAUCCGCUGGGCCGGGUUCAAGGAGGUCAUCUACGGAACCAGCGUCAGGACCAUUGCCGAGAAUGGCCGCAACCAGAUCUACAUCCCCUCGAACCUCGUCCUCGAGAAGAGCUAUUCUUUCGGUCACGCCACCUUGAUGCUGGGAAAUGUCUUGACCGAGGAAACAGACCCGCUCUUCAAACACCAAUUCAACGAAUCAGCUCCUUGCCCUCUGGGCUGUCAAAGGAUGCAGGUAGGAAACGCCCGUGUAAAAACGUGCGAGCCUGUAGCCAACUGGCAGAAGCUCGUACAUCUCACUCAUGCAGACGAUGAGCGAGUGGGUGCUCAGCCAACGGCAAAGACUCCGCUCCACAUUGAAUUGUAG